CAGUAGUGAAUUGAAACGGUGACAGACAACAUCGUAUUUGGUCUGAGCAAAGUGUGAGUCAAAUCUAACUCAACAACCAAAUAAAAAAACCAAUAACUCCUUUCACUGUCCAAACUAAAACCCCAGAAUUCAACUGAAAUCCGAUCUCUCACUUCCCUAAGGGUUUUCAGACAUGGAGAAAGUGGUUGCUGUGAUCAUGGUUGGUGGACCCACCAAAGGGACUAGAUUUAGACCUCUUUCAUUCAAUACUCCCAAACCCUUAUUCCCUUUAGCAGGUCAGCCGAUGGUUCAUCACCCAAUUUCUGCUUGUAAACGGAUACCGAAUUUGGCUCAAAUUUUUCUAAUUGGAUUUUACGAGGAAAAAGAGUUCACAUUAUAUGUCUCUUCGAUCUCGAACGAGCUGAAAAUACCAGUGAGAUACUUGAAAGAGGAUAAACCCCAUGGUUCAGCUGGUGGCCUCUAUUACUUCAGAAAUAUUAUAAUGGAAGACAAUCCGUCACAUAUCUUCCUGCUAAACUGUGAUGUUUGUUGCAGUUUUCCGUUGACAGACAUGCUCGAGGCUCACAAAAGAUACAGUGGGAUGGGAACUGUGUUAGUAAUCAAGGUAUCUGCUGAGUCCGCUAAUCAGUUUGGUGAGUUGGUUGCUGACCCGAUCACAAAAGAGCUAUUGCACUACACCGAGAAGCCCGAGACUUUUGUAAGCGAUUUAAUUAACUGUGGAGUUUACGUCUUUACUCCUGAUAUCUUUACUGCCAUUCAAGAAGUCUCCACACACCGAGAAGACCAAGCUAAUUUACGCCAUUUGUCAAGCUUUGAAACGCUGCAGUCUCCAACAAGUAGGGCUCUUCCCCAAGAUUUUGUUAGAUUGGAUCAAGAUAUCUUGUCCCCUUUUGCUGGAAAGAAGCAAUUAUAUACGUACGAAACUAUGGAUUUCUGGGAACAGAUCAAGACUCCAGGGAUGUCUUUAAAAUGUUCUGGUCUUUAUCUUGCUCAAUUCCGGUAUACCUCCCCUGAUCUAUUAGCUGGUGGAGAUGGAACUAAAAGUGCUUCGAUUCUUGGUGAUGUCUAUGUGCAUCCCUCGGCCAAAGUACACCCGACCGCAAAGAUCGGUCCCAAUGUCUCUAUUUCGGCAAAUGUUCGUAUAGGAGCUGGGGUGAGACUUAUAGGUUGCAUCAUCUUGGAUGAUGUUGAAGUUCAGGAAAACGCGGUUGUUAUUAAUUCUAUUGUUGGAUGGAAGUCGUCUAUAGGAAAGUGGUCUCGUGUCCAGGCUGAUGGAGACUACAACGCAAAGCUCGGAAUUACUAUCCUUGGAGAGGCUGUAAUAGUAGAAGAUGAAGUUGUUGUGAUCAGUAGUAUUGUUCUUCCGAAUAAGACCCUUAAUGUGAGCGUGCAAGACGAGAUCAUUUUAUGACAAUUGAAAUGCCACUCCACAAGUCCUGAUUUUCGGCCUUGGAAAAAGAAAAAAGACCGGCAAGAAUAUUGGAAAUGGUAAGAGCAUAAUCAAGAUCAAAGUACAGCGGGGGAAUAGUUUUACCACGAAAGCCUUGUGAUGUAAGAUAUUAGUUUCGAAGUUUUCAAAUCCAGAAUGCAAAAACUAGAAUUCUUUUAUUGCUUUUCGUUUGGUCCCCUUUUUCUUUUUUGUUUUUUUGCAAUAUGUAGUUUUGUUCUUGAUUGAAAUACGAAUGAGAAUUACAAAAAUUUUACUUCUUUGAAUGCCAUUUUAUGAUUUAUUAGUUGAA